GGUAGUGACAAUUUAUGCAGGCGCACGCGAACCUCAUUUGCCGCAGCUGUGUACGGGGGAGAAAAAAAAAAUGCAGGGGCCGUGGCCACUUUUGUAUCUGGGAAAAAGCGUAUGAGUAAGCUUGAGUGUUGAUGCCACGUUGUUGAAGGGCAGGUCGAAUUCCUGAUGUGUCAGAUUAGAGUUUUCUCGGGAAACUGAGCUCUGGAUUUACUUUUGCCAUAUUGUGAGCUAAUAGCGUCAAUCGUUUAAGAAGAUUAUUGUCAUCUUUUCAAUAUAUUUUAGAAUUUUUUGUUGAACAUCACAGCUGCACUAUAUUGCAUCAUUCAAUUUUCAAAACCAUACUAACAAUUAGUCAAGAUGCCAGAAGUUACUCAGGAUUCUGGAUGUUUUGAAGGUGGAAUAUACACAUCUGAAAAAACAGGAAGUGAUGACCAAGGAGACGGAACCAAGUCAAAGCCUUUUAAAUCCAUCCUGAAAGCUAUGCAUCAUGCAGCAAAAGAGCCUUUUCCAACUAUAUACGUGGAUUCUAAGGAGGAAGGACAGCAAUAUGUAGAGGCAGCCAAGUCCCAGUUGAAGAAGAUCCAGAAAAUAUGGGUGCGUGAGAUGCACAAAGCAGCAGACAGGUUGAAAAAGGAAGAUGAAGACUUGGAAAAACGUACAAAGAAUCUGGAGGAUGCAAAAAAAAUUAUUAUUAAAGAAGAUACCAACCUACCGAAGGCAGAGAGUGUGAAAAUAUGCAAGUGCGUGGAUUAUCGUGGGAAAAGAGUUAAAGUUCAUGGCUGGGUUCACAGGCUACGUCGCCAAGGCAAGCUGCUGAUGUUCGUCACCUUGAGGGACGGGACUGGGUUCCUGCAGUGCGUGCUCAACGACUCGCUCUGCCAGACGUACGAGGCUGUCGUCCUGUCCACCGAGUCCACGGUGCUGCUGUACGGGACCGUCAAGCUGCUGCCCGAAGGGAAAAGUGCGCCGGGCGGGCACGAACUGCAGGUGGACUACUGGGAGCUGGUCGGCCUGGCGCCGCCCGGAGGGGCAGACAGCAUCCUGAACGAGGACGCCCUCCCGGACGUGCAGCUCGACAACAGGCACAUCAUGAUCCGCGGGGAGAACACAUCGCGCAUUCUGAAGAUGAGGUCGGUUGUGAUGCAAGCCUUCAGGGAACACUACUUUGACAGAGGCUGUGUCGAGGUCACUCCACCAACUCUCGUGCAGACACAGUGUGAAGGAGGCUCUACGCUUUUCAAGCUUGAUUUUUUUGGGGAGCAAGCUUACCUGACUCAGAGCUCCCAGCUUUACUUGGAAACAUGCAUCCCGGCCAUGGGGGAUGUGUUCUGCAUAUCCCAGAGUUACCGUGCCGAGCAGAGUCGCACUCGAAGACAUCUGGCGGAAUACACACACGUGGAGGCAGAGUUCCCGUUCCUGACAUAUGAAGACCUGCUGGACAGAAUCGAAGACACUAUUUGCGACGUGACUAAAAGGGUCCUGGAGUCACCUCUCGGAGGGUUGGUAGCUGAGCUAAACCCUGGGUUUCAACAACCAAAGAAGCCAUUUCUCCGCAUCAACUAUGCUGAUGCCAUCAAGUACCUUAAGGAAAACAACAUCACGAAAGAAGAUGGUAGCUUCUACGAAUUUGGUGAAGACAUUCCCGAGAUGCCGGAGCGGCAGAUGACCGACAAAAUCAACAAGCCCAUCAUGCUGUGUCGCUUCCCGGUUCCCAUCAAGUCGUUCUACAUGAGCAAGUGCGCGGAGGACCCCGCGGUCACGGAGUCCGUGGACGUGCUGCUGCCCGGGGUGGGGGAGAUCGUGGGGGGCUCCAUGCGUAUCUGGGACUACGACGAGCUGCUGGCGGGCUACAGGAGAGAGAACAUCGAUCCCACUCCGUACUACUGGUACACGGAUCAGCGCAAGUACGGCUCUUGCCCCCACGGAGGCUACGGGCUGGGACUGGAACGCUUCCUGUGCUGGCUGCUGAACCGCUACCACAUACGCGAAGUGUGUCUGUACCCGAGGUUCCUGGAGAGGUGCACGCCAUAACUUGCCACGGCACAUUUCAACUACCUGUCACAACCGUUAAACAUACCUUAUUUACUUGAAUACGAUGCUACACGAAAUUUACCAAAUCUUUGGAAACUAAAAGUGGGGGUCACAUUACAUUACAAUCGCAAAUUUGCAUCUUGCCAUUUGGAACGGCUUAGUUGAAAAAUUACACGCUCUGCCUGUAAACUACAUCACUUAUGCCACUUUAGUCAAGGAGUUAAGAGUGAAGUGAAGAAGCACAACACAAGUCCUGUGGAGGUUUGCAAAAAAAAAUAUUAAAAGGUUAAAGAUAUUAAAAAUUUAGUGGAGACUUUUGUUGCUCAUAAACAAACUUGCAAAUAUUUUAUUUGUGGCAUUUGUUCUAUACGAAGCAUGGUUUCCGAGACAUCGCGUGAAAUUCAGACGUUUUUGGAAGUUGUUGAAACUAAACAUUGUACCGUUAACUCCCUAUUAUCCGCGGUGCGGAUGAUCUGCGCAUGCUACGAAAAAAUACAGUACAUAUGUAAAUCUGUAUUUUAUUGCAAGUGAGCAAAUUUGAACUCUACUGACGAGUUGACGAGUGUAUUGUGUGCAGUAUACGAUAAAAUGCCACAGGCGAGCCCAGUGCGAAGGCGCAGAUGACUCAUGAAGCGGCUUUACAACACGUCGGACUGCUUCACUAUUUAGAUGCGCAGUUGGCUGAAAAACUUAUGUUGCGGAAAUUCAAUCAAGAAUUAAGAAAAUAUGUUUCCAAAGCAAGAAACAAAAACAAGUGACUGAUUUUUUCAAAAAGUUGUAAAUUUAAUAGUUAUGCUUUUUUUCGGUCUAAUGAAGUCUCUGAGUACGUACAGUACUGUAUCCUUGUUAUGAAGUAAGUACUGAGCACUUUUAUGUUUACAUCACUGAAAUGUAUUGUAUGUUAAUUAUUCAGUAAAAUUCUAAAAUUUUAGCAUCAUUUAAUAAUUUUUACUGUUAAUUGUAACUUUUACUGUACAUAAAUUUUUAGAUUUUUAAGUUGAAAUUAAUGUUUCCAAUUUUUUUUCCCCAUUUUCGGCUCUUUUGUGGAUUAUCCGCGAUUUUCACUAUCUGCGGUGGCCUUGCCACUUAAUUUCGCUGAUAAUCGGGAGUGUACUGUGCUUGGUAUUUCAUCAUUAUUCUGUAUUCAUUAUUCGUGAGGAAAUCAUCUGCUGUUUGUUCAUGUAGUUGGGAGGCUCCACUGUGAUAUAUACUUUUGUCUGAUUUUGUAUGUAUGUAAUUUGCUGCACAAAUGUCAGGUUACAAAUGCCACAGAGUUAAAAUGCAAUUAUCCAUGGUAAAAACUUUAAAUAUCAAAAUAUCAAAACAAACUAAUGGAAGGAAACCGUGGCUCUAUCAGACCCUCAUUUUUAUUGUAUGUACAAUCUGCUUUCAGUUACAGAAUGCUUGUGAUAUGUAAAAUGUAAUUGUAAAUAAAGUAUUUACUGGUGUAA